AAAAUGAUAUGUUCAAAAGUAAUAAAACGCGCUCGAUAUCCCUGUUUAUUUUAUUGACCACUCGCCAGAUGUUUGCGCAUUGUUUUCCAGUGCGCAGUAGUUUCUCUGUCGUGAAAUCGGGAUUCUGUUUUAGUAUUAUAUCUAUUCUGCCAUUUUGAAAAUAGUGGCGUGUAUGGAUUUUGGCCGCGUUCGUCAAUGAACAAAUAUGUCCGGGAGCAAUGAUAAGGUGUCGACUACGCAGCGUAUGAUCCAAAGUGUUGCUUUCCCUCCCAGCCACAAGCUUCUUGUCACCGAAGUUUUUGAUGAAAAAUCUGGAAAACCUCUGCCAGACGUACUCAAGCAACAUUUUAUAUUAGAGGGCCGAAUCGAGGAAAAUGCGGCUUUGCGAAUCAUUCAAGAUGGUGCCACCCUAUUACGUUCCGAAAAAACGAUGAUCGAAAUUGAUUCACCGGUGACAGUAUGCGGAGAUGUACACGGGCAAUUUUAUGACUUGAUGAAAUUGUUUGAAGUGGGAGGCUCACCCUCAUGCACGAAGUAUUUAUUCUUAGGAGACUACGUUGACAGAGGUUACUUCAGUAUAGAAUGUGUUCUUUACCUUUGGGCUUUGAAAUUGUGUUAUCCGAAGACUUUGUUUUUAUUACGUGGUAAUCAUGAAUGCCGACAUUUAACUGAAUAUUUCACUUUCAAACAAGAAUGCAAAAUUAAAUAUUCUGAAAAAGUGUAUGAUGCGUGUAUGGAUGCCUUCGAUUGCUUACCUCUUGCUGCUCUCAUGAAUCAGCAGUUCCUCUGUGUACAUGGUGGUCUAUCCCCUGAGAUCAACAGCUUAGAUGAUAUCCGUAAAUUAGAUAGAUUCAAAGAACCACCAGCGUUUGGAGCUAUGUGUGAUCUGCUGUGGUCUGAUCCCUUGGAGGAUUUUGGGAAUGAAAAGAAUGCUGAACAUUUCUCGCACAACUCUGUAAGGGGAUGUUCUUACUUCUAUAGCUAUGCUGCUUGCUGUGAUUUCUUACAGAGAAACAAUUUGUUAUCAAUAAUACGUGCUCAUGAAGCUCAAGAUGCUGGCUAUCGAAUGUAUCGCAAAAGCCAAACUACUGGCUUCCCAAGUCUUAUUACCAUAUUCUCUGCACCAAACUACUUGGAUGUCUACAAUAAUAAGGCAGCUGUACUAAAAUAUGAGAACAAUGUCAUGAACAUUAGGCAGUUCAACUGUUCUCCGCACCCCUACUGGCUGCCCAACUUCAUGGAUGUGUUUACCUGGUCUCUUCCAUUUGUAGGUGAAAAAGUUACUGAAAUGUUGGUAAACGUAUUAAAUAUUUGCUCUGAUGAUGAACUGAUGUCAGAAGGAGAUGAUGCAUUGGAGGAAGCAAAUCUCAGGAAAGAAGUUAUACGUAACAAAAUUAGAGCAAUUGGAAAAAUGGCACAUGUGUUUUCUGUGCUUCGUGAAGAGAGUGAAUCUGUAUUGCAGCUGAAAGGGCUCACUCCCACAGGUGCUUUACCUCUGGGUGCAUUGUCUGGUGGCAAAACAUCCCUUAAAAAUGCCCUGCAAGGAUUCUCACCAAAUCACAAAAUAACAUCAUUUGCUGAGGCAAAAGGCUUAGAUGCUAUCAAUGAGCGAAUGCCACCUCGCCGUGAUGGCCAACGCACUCCGGAUGCACAGGAAAAGAAGCCUCACGUGAACAGCAAUGCCCACUCGUGAAGUGCUCGCUGAUAUUUCUCUUCGAUCUUUACAUUUUGGCCCACAAUUAGUGAUAGUGAAAUAUGUGUGACGGAGACUCAGCUUUUUGGAAUGAUAUUUCACAUCUAUAAUAACUAGGUGGAUUUGAAGGGAAUUGUCAUUAUAGAAACUAAAUAUUAUUAAAGUUGGAUUUCACUUUU